CAAGUUGAAAGGUGUUUGUACCUGCUUGGAUGGUCUCGCUCCUUGUAAGCCUGCAUUCUUCGCUCCCCCAACCUAUGUUCUUCAGCCCUUUAGUCUCCGAUACAAGGAAUCCUGAAGUCAUAAAAAAAAAAACUAAUGGGGAUUGAACUGAUUUGGCUCCUAGCUUUCAUUCUGCAUGGAAAAACUCAUGUACAAGGCUCUUGUUCUCUGGGAAGUACAAUGACUUGUGAAGACUGCCUGAAGUUAGGACCACACUGUGCAUGGUGUUCUCAAAAGAAUUUUACGGAUCCUUUGGGAGUCCCAGUUCGCUGCGACACUCCUGAAGUACUGCUAUCUAAAGGAUGCCCCGCAAACCACAUUGAAUUUCCUUUAUCCAAGAUAGAAACCCAAAGGAUGAGUCCACUGACAGAAGGAGCUCAUAAAAACAGUGAUCACGUAACACAGAUCACUCCACAGAAGCUUGUUCUAAAACUCCGGCCUGGGAAUUCAAUAACAUUUCAAGUCGAUGUCCGUCAAAGUGAAGAUUAUCCUGUAGACCUCUAUUACCUGAUGGACCUCUCUGCCUCCAUGAGUGACGAUCUGAGGACCAUACAACAACUGGGGUCUACACUUUCUAAGGAAAUGUCCAACCUGACGAGUAACUUCCGCCUGGGAUUCGGGACGUUUGUAGAGAAGCCAGUUUCUCCAUAUAUAAAAACUGUUCCAGAGGAUAUAGAGAACCCCUGCCACAGAGAAUCCGUGGACUGCUUACCCACCUUUGGAUAUAAACACGUUUUAUCACUGACACAUAAUGCAGCAAAUUUUAAUAACAUUGUGCAAAAGCAAAGAAUAUCGGCAAAUAUUGAUACACCUGAAGGAGGGUUUGAUGCCAUCAUGCAGGCGGCAGUAUGCAAAGACCGAAUUGGAUGGAGGAACGGAUCAAUGCAUUUGUUGGUAUUUGUGACCGAUGCAGAUUCUCACUAUGGCAUGGAUAGCAAAUUGGCCGGUAUUGUGAUUCCAAACGAUUGUCAAUGCCACCUAGACAGCAGUAAUGAAUACUACAUGUCGACUGUCCAGGAAUAUCCGACACUUGGGCAGCUGAUAGAGAAGUUGGUGGAGAAUAACAUUCUUCUCAUUUUCGCAGUCACUCAAAAACAAGUCCCGCUCUACCAGAAAUAUGCCAAACUGAUACCUGGAGCCACCGUAGGACUACUGAACAAAGAUUCUGGAAAUGUAUUACAGCUGAUCUUAACAGCAUACAAAGAACUGAGGUCGGAAAUUGAGCUUGAGGUGUCAGGAGACACGGACGGACUUAACCUUUUCUUUACUGCCAAUUGUAAAAAUGAAACGGUCCUCCCAAAUAGUAAGAAGUGCCAGAGAAUCAAAGUUGGAGAUAGGGUUUCCUUCAAUGUGACUGUGAGCUCAACCUCCUGUGAAAAACAGACAAGGCAUAUUACAAUCAAGCCUGUUGGUCUUCAAGACAGCCUGGAGAUUGAAAUUCAGUCUGAAUGCUCGUGUUCCUGUAAGGCAGAGGCCGAAGAGGAGAGCACAGAGUGCAGCCUGGGAAGCGGCUCCUUAGAAUGCGGUGUUUGCGUUUGUAAACCUGGAUUUUUAGGAGCCCAAUGUGAAUGCAACGAAGAGUCACUGAACAACAGCUCUUGUAGAGAACUGGAUACGUGUUCUGGACGCGGGGAGUGCUUUUGUGGACAAUGUAUUUGCAACCCAUCUCUGUAUGGACGGGUUUAUGGACCUCGUUGUGAAUGUGAUGACUUUUCAUGCGUGAGGCAUGGAGGACUUAUUUGUGGAGGUCACGGUAUCUGCGAUUGUGGAGAGUGCAUCUGUCAAAGCGGCUGGAUCGGACAAUACUGCAACUGCACAACCAGUAUUGACUCCUGCAUCUCGGAAACUGGGACCCUAUGUAGCGGGAGAGGUAGAUGUGAAUGUGGCAGGUGCAUCUGUAACAGCCCGGGUGUUUCUGGAGAUACUUGUGAAAAGUGCCCAACUUGUGGAGACCCCUGCAGCUCCCAAAGGCCCUGCGUUGAAUGCCAUCUGUUUUCAGAAGAGCAGCAGCCUGGGGUAUGUGCAGAGACAUGUAACAUGGUGGAUGCCACAGUCAGCAAAGAGGACGGAUCCGGGAAUCCAGAAUAUUUCUCGGAGGAUAAAUCUAUUUUCUGCACCAUGCAAGGUGAAAAUGAAUGCACUAUUACAUUUAGGAUGGCGACGGAUGAGGAAGGAAAGAAAGUCAUUUAUAACAUACGCCAAAACGAUUGUCCAUCCCCACCAAACAUCCCCAUGAUCCUCGUGGGAGUCACAAUCGCUAUUGCACUGAUUGGUAUAGUGUUGCUGUGUAUAUGGAAAUUGCUGGUGUCGUAUCAUGAUCGUAAAGAAGUCGCUAAAUUUGAAGCAGAAAGGGCAAAAGCCAAGUGGCAGGGGGGUAUCAACCCGCUGUUCAGAGGUUCUACCACUACAUUUAAAAAUGUCACCUACAAACAGACAAACAAUGGGGCACUAUGACAGCAUCUUCACCUUGCCCCACUCCGUGCACUUCAGACUAUUUGUGCCAGAGGGACUACUGAGAACCAUAGUGUUACACUGGCAUUCCGGGGGCGUCUCUCAAAGCUUAGGUUAGAGCAGCUAUUUGUAAUGUGCAGAUGUCAGGACAUGCUGCUUGUUGUAGUUUCACAACAGCUGGAGAGCUACAAGUAGGGGACAAGCAUGGUUAGAGCAUGUCCGUGUUAGACACAAGUUCUUGCAUUCUGCGCCCUCUACAGACCUGCUUGUUUUACUGUACUGACUUUGACAGAGUCUUGCUCUCAUCAUACCGCCGUUGGAGGUUUGGUUCAGAUUCUUAAAGGGGUUAUGCCAUGGUUGAUUUUAAAAAACGGAAAAAUCAGACAUCACAUAGUACAUGACAAUCUCUCUCCAACAAAACUAAAAGGUAGCCCUGUACCUCACAUGGAUCCAGAGAUCUCCCCAUUCAUUGCCCCAAUUGUUCUUCUAGAAUUGUUUCAAGCUAGCAGCUCAUGGGAUGUGUCUAUAGUCAAGGGGCAUCUUUUCUCAGGGGAUGUUUCCUUUCUCAUGGGGCAUGUCCUUUCUGCUACAGCUCCUAACAGAAGAUAUGGCGGGUGGCUUUUGAAAAUUUAAACCAAGAGCAUGCGAGUUGGACGGAGAAAUAAGAAAGAAAACUUUUAAUACAUGCAAUUAGAAAAGUAUUCAGAGUCACGUGCUGCUUUGAAUAAUUUAAAAUAUUGUUUGUGGCACAACCCUAUUAACUACUCUUACCAUCAAAUCAUUGGAAACCAUAAUGGUACCCCAAAGGACCUCAUUACAAGUAAAAGUAUGCAUGGAAGCCAUGGUACGGAUGCAGGCAAAGCCUUAUAUGCAGAGCUAAUGAGAUUUGUGAAUAUGGUUGACAGUCUGUAAAGAACGCCUCAUAGACUUAUUACUGGUCAUAUUGACCCCUUCUACUUCUGGCUUCUUGAUCAUGCUGCCAAAUUUUGGUCAGCAGUCCAUAACCGGGCACAAUUUAAUUUAAAAUGAUUCAUGUGUAUAUUCCAAGGGCUUGUACAAGAUUGCAAAAGGAAUGACUGUGCCUUCCAGAAAUAGGGGGCACAGUUUCUGAAAGAAAGCAGCCAAUAAUCUCAAACCCCGUUGACACUAACGUUCCCUCACUGACAUUUAGGUAGAGAUUCUGCAUUUUAUGAUUUUAUGGUAAAGCUACUUGUGCUUUUCUGCAGACAGGUACAUUUCAUGAACACACUAAGUUCCCAGUUCAGGGAAGUACAGAGGAAAUGCCAGUGCAUUGUGUUAUACAUGACUUUAAAAGAGAUGUACCCAAAAAAAAUACAGCAACUUUGCACGUAGAUAGUGUCCUUCUGUUUUGUAUACACAGCUUCUAUACAGACCUCUGUCUCAAUGGUUACAGUCUACCAACACAACCUGUAUGUAGUCAGCCUCCUGUUCCACUGCCUGAAGGUUAAAGGGCAUCUGUCAGCAGUUUUGUACCUAUGACACUGACUGACCUGUUACAUGUGCGCUUGGCAGCUGAAGGCACCUGUGUUGGUCCCAUGUUCAUAUGUGUCCGCAAUUGCUGAGAAAACUGAUGUUAUAAUAAAUGCAAAUGAGCCUCUAGGAGGAACGGGGGCGUUUUUUUUACAUUUAGCGACUCUGCUUUCUUUGCAGCUGCCGCGCCCUCUGCAGUUUGAUUCACAGGACAAGGUGUGAUGAGAUUUUUACUGUCUGGUCCUGUCAAUCAAAGUGG